CCCCAUGGCCGAAGCCCCAGGGAGGCCGCUCCGCGGGCCAUCUCCGCGUCCAGCCACGCCGAGCCGUAGCAGAAUUUAAUGUCUUACAAGACAGCGAUGGCUUUUUCUCUAGAACUUGAAUAUGGAGGCCACAGGGACAGAUGAAGUAGAAAAGAUAAAAUCAAAGUUUAUGUCUGCAUGGCACAACAUGAAAUACAGUUGGGUGUUGAAAACAAAAACUUACUUUAGUAGAAAUUCUCCAGUCUUUCUGCUAGGAAAAUGUUACCACUUCAAAUCUGAUGAAUCUGGUGAGCUUUCUACAGAUGGAUCCAGUUUUGAUCAAAUCAACACAGAGAUUUCGGGAAAUGUUGAGGAGUUUCGUAAAGAUUUUAUUUCUAGAAUAUGGCUGACUUACAGGGAAGAAUUUCCUCAGAUUAAGGGAUCUGCGUUAACGACAGACUGUGGCUGGGGGUGCACACUGAGAACUGGCCAAAUGCUGUUGGCUCAAGGUCUUAUGCUUCAUUUUCUGGGUAGAGCCUGGAUAUGGCCAGAUGCGUUGGACAUUGAAAAUUCAGACUCUGAAUCGUGGACAACCCAUACUGUGAAAAAGCUGACUGCAUCAUUUGAAGCAUCACUUACAGCAGAAAGAGAACCCAAGAUCUUGUCAAACCAUCAUAAAGGAACAUUAAAGAGAAACUGUGGUGACAGAGAAAUGAGAAAUGAAGUUUAUCACAGAAAAAUAAUUUCUUGGUUUGGUGACUCUCCGCUGGCAGCUUUUGGCUUACAUCAGCUAAUAGAAUAUGGAAAGAAAUCUGGGAAAACUGCUGGAGAUUGGUAUGGACCUGCAGUUGUUGCACAUAUUUUAAGAAAAGCUGUUGAAGAAGCAAGAGACCCUGAGCUACAAGGAGUAACAGUUUAUGUUGCUCAGGAUUGUACAGUCUACAGUUCAGAUGUUAUUGACAGACAGUGUUCUUUUAUGGACUCUGAAAAAGCAGAUACAAAAGCUGUUAUUAUAUUAGUUCCUGUGAGACUUGGUGGAGAGAGAACAAACAUGGACUAUUUAGAGUUUGUAAAGGGAAUCUUAAGCCUUGAGUAUUGUGUUGGUAUCAUCGGUGGCAAACCCAAGCAGUCAUAUUACUUUGCUGGAUUUCAAGAUGACAGUUUGAUUUACAUGGAUCCUCAUUACUGCCAAUCUUUUGUAGAUGUCAGCAUAAAGGAUUUCCCUCUUGAGUCAUUCCACUGUCCUUCUCCCAAAAAGAUGUCGUUCAAAAAAAUGGAUCCGAGCUGUACGAUAGGAUUUUAUUGUAGAAACGUGCAGGACUUUGAGAAGGUUUCGGAAGAGAUCACAAAGAUGCUGAAAUCUUCAUCUAAGGAGAAAUAUCCCUUGUUUACCUUUGUAAAGGGUCAUUCCAGAGACUAUGACUUUGCUUCCAGUCCACUCCAUGAAGAAAAUGACCUUUUCUCAGAGGAUGAAAAGAAAAGAUUAAAAAAAUUUAGUACAGAGGAGUUUGUCUUGCUUUAAGGACAUUUUACACUAGAUUAUUGGCAGCUGUCCAGGAGAACACUUGUCUUUUAAAAAAUAUAUGUAUGUGUGUGCAUCCUCCUCCCUUCCCCMAAAAGGCAAGUUGUGCUGGAAAUGGUCUAUUUUCAUAAAGAUUAUGAUGUUUUAUAUGUUAAUAGUCUUAAAGAUGUCAUUUAUAAAUGCUGGUACUGAUGAUUUGUGUCUGUGGGUCGUUGGGUGAGUUUCCUGUUCCGCAGCUGGUGAGCGGCGCCGGAGCCGCUGUGGGCCCCGUCCUGGCCUUGUCCCCCGGAGCCUGGCCGGGCCGGAGCCUCCUGCGAUGCCCGGCACAAACCCCUCCGUUCCUGCCACGAGCGCCCAUGCGCGGGUGGGAGGAUAGUUUUAUUCCCGCUGGGAAGCGGGCAGGGAAGCUCCUGCGGUGGGAGCGACCGCUCCUGUGCUCAUGGAGGCCGAAUCAUGAGCUAAGGUACUGUUUGGCAGCGUGAGCUUAUAAUGGGCUCUCAUUAAGCUUGCUGUGGCGCCUAAUAUGAGGAGUGAAGAUAAAGUAUUAGCUUUCCCACGAUUUUUAAAGGUUAUACUAUUAAUACUAACUGCAACCAAUCAAAGCAGCUAAAGACAGUUAUUAGAAGGAGCAGAGUUUGUUUUCUGCUCYGACUCUUCUGAUGUUUGAGACUUCUCUGCUAUUAGUGCAGCUUCUAAAGCAAGCUGGGGGGUGGGCGGUCAARAAUCUUGUUUUGUUUUUCAUACAUGUUGUUAUUGUACCAGUGGUAACUCAGUGGUCUGUAUUCUAAAACUGCAAACAAUGUACAUARAUAGUUCCAUGUUUUAACAAAGCAAAUGCAAUAUCUAAAACUAUUAUUAACUCUGCUUGGAAAAUAAACAGUGUGAAAACAUCAAAUGCACAUGGUUUUCCCAUUAAUUGUAGCUCCUCAUUGACUGGAUAUAAUCCUGCAUCUAAACAA